UUGGUCCUCAGAGGAUGGAUCUCCUACGAGCUGCUUUUCUGAUGCUGUUAUUAAGCGGAAUUCACGCCACGUCGCGUGGGUCAGAUCUGAUGCCUCACAUGACGGCGUAUUACACUGCAUACAGACAAGUGUAUCAACAGGAUUAUGAGACGGUGCACAAGUGCUGCCCGGGAUGGUCGCAGCUCAAUGGGGAAGCUGGAUGUCUGUACCCUACUUGUAGCUAUGGAGUGUGUUUUAAUGGAGGCCGGUGCAGAGAAGGAUCCUCGCGGCUCUGUGAGUGCCCGGUUGGCUUCCGCGGCCCGAGCUGUCAGUAUGAUGUGAACGAGUGCGAGGAGACGAAUGGAGGCUGCGAGGUUCUGUGCUGUAACACUAUUGGCAGCUUCUACUGUAAAUGUCCAUCUGGACAGGAACUCAAGGAGGACGGCAAGACCUGCCAAGAUACUGAUGAGUGCCUCAUCCAUAACGGAGGAUGUCAGCACAAGUGUGUGAACACCCGAGGCUCCUUCCACUGCCACUGUGACCCUGGGUAUCGCCUGCACGUAGACAGACGCACCUGCAUCGUGGAGAACCUGUGCUUGCUGAGGAACGGUAGCUGUUCCCAGGAAUGCCACAGCAAUGGGGGCAGCAUCUACUGCAAGUGUCGUCCGGGUUUCAACCUGACGGAUGAUGGAAAGACCUGCAAAGAUAUUGAUGAGUGCCUCAAGAAUAACGGAGGAUGUCAGCACAAGUGUGUGAACACCCGAGGCUCCUCCCACUGCCAGUGUGACCCUGGGUUUCGCCUGCACGUAGACAGACGCACCUGCAUCGACAUUGAUGAGUGCCAGACGGGUCAGGUGCAGUGUGUACACGGCUGCCGUAACACCAGAGGCUCGUUCGUUUGUGUGUGUAACGCUGGAUAUGAGGUGGGAGCGGACGGCACGCAAUGCUACCGGAUUGAGAUGGAAAUUGUGAACAGCUGUGAGAUUAAUAACGGUGGCUGUUCUCAUCACUGUGAGCACAACUCUAAUGGCCCGGUGUGCAGCUGUAACCAUGGCUACCAGCUCCAUGACGACCUCAAGGCGUGUAUUGAUGUCGAUGAGUGUGUGGAUGGCAGCUCGUGUUGUGAGCAGGACUGUACCAAUUACCCAGGAGGCUAUGAGUGCUACUGCGCCGCAGGAUACAGGCUCAACUCGGAUGGCUGCGGCUGUGAUGAUAUAGACGAGUGUCUGGCUGAAAACGGUGGCUGUGAACACAAGUGUGAGAACAGUGCCGGCUCGUUCAGGUGUUCCUGUGUACCGGGAUAUGGCCUGAACACGGACCGUCGCUCCUGUACCUGGUUGGACCGAACGGUUCUGUACGCUGGACAGGAGAAGGAACCCUGGCUGUUGAAUCUGCUCGGUGAUGACAGGCUGUUCGAGCAAUAUGAGGAUUACGAGGAGGAUGAAGGAGAGCUGCGCGCUGAGAGCACACUGGCUGAGAAAUUCGUGUGCCUCAAUGACACUUUUGGCUACGACUGUAGUUUGUCCUGUGAGGACUGUAUAAAUGGAGGAGUGUGUAACGCACACCGAACUGGCUGUGACUGUCCAGAUGGUUGGACGGGAAUAAUCUGCAACCAGACCUGUCCCGAGGGCUGGUUUGGCAGAAACUGCUCAUUCCCGUGUAAGUGUGAGAACGGAGGUGUGUGUGAUCCGGUGUCUGGGAGCUGUCGCUGUCCCCCGGGCGUCAGUGGAGAACGCUGUCAGGAUGGAUGUCCUAAAGGUCUGUAUGGAAAGCAGUGCAAUAAGAAAUGUCACUGUGCCCAUAACGGCCGGUGCCAUCGCACAUACGGGGCGUGUCUGUGUGACCCGGGACUGUACGGCCGCUUCUGCCACCUGCCGUGUCCAAAAUGGAUGUUUGGACCCGGCUGCUCUGAGGAGUGUAAGUGUGUCCAGAAGAACACUCUGGAGUGUCAUCGGCGAUACGGCACCUGCACCUGUAAACCUGGUCAUCAGGGUGACCAGUGUGAAAAAGAGUGUAAAACAGGUUUCUAUGGUCAAGGCUGUGUGCAGAAGUGUUCGUGCCCGUCUGGGGCGGCGUGUGACCCUGUGACUGGUGUUUGUCAGUGUCCAGCUGGUAAAAAAGGUGUAAACUGUGAUGAAGGUUGUGCCGAUGGGAAUUUUGGGAUUGGCUGCUCUGAGUCAUGUGACUGUUCAGGAGCCCCAUGUGACCCGGUGACCGGUCAGUGCCGAUGUCCUGCAGGGACGAUGGGCAGCCGCUGUGAGGAAGAGUGUGCCGUCGGUCAGUGGGGUGUGAACUGUAAUGUGACGUGCCCCGUGUGUGAAAACGGAGGGUCGUGUGAUAAACACAGCGGCUCGUGCCUUUGUCCUCCCGGAUACUUGGGCCGAUUCUGUCAAGACUCAUGUCCGGCUGGUCGAUUUGGUGAGCGCUGCCAGCUGGAGUGUGUGUGUGAGAACAGCUGGCGAUGCCAUCCCGUGACAGGCCGCUGUUUCUGUACUGCAGGCUGGACCGGUCACGACUGCAGGAAAGCCUGUGAUGCCGGACACUGGGGAGUGGACUGUGUGAACAUGUGUGACUGCAGGAACAGUGACGGCAGCUGUGAUGCUGUAACAGGGCAGUGCAACUGUGAAGCCGGGUUUACAGGAGCACGCUGUGAGCUCAAAUGCCCUGCUGGGUUUUUUGGCCUGGGAUGUCUGCAGCGCUGCCAGUGUGAUAAUGAGGCGUCAUGUGACCACGUAAGUGGAGCGUGUACCUGUAAGGUGGGCUGGACUGGAACGUUCUGUGAGAGACCCUGUCCUCAGGGUUAUUAUGGGCUGGACUGUCAGCACAAGUGUGUGUGCCUGAACGGCGGACGCUGUGACCACCUCAGUGGGAGAUGUGUGUGUCCUGCAGGCUGGAUUGGUCCAAACUGUAACCAGACGUGUCCAGCCGGAUUUUACGGUGAAGGCUGUUCCCAGACCUGCACUUGUGAGAACACUGAGAGGUGCCACGCCACCACCGGACAGUGUGUGUGUACGGCAGGGUGGACCGGACUGACCUGCUCACAGAAAUGCCCAAUGGGGUUUUAUGGGUUGGGCUGCAGUCAGAGGUGCUUGUGUCAGAACGGCGGGACGUGUGAUCACAUCGCUGGCCACUGUUCCUGCCCCAGUGGCUGGACGGGCACGGCGUGUGAGCGCGAGUGUGUUGCAGGCUGUUUUGGGCCGGACUGCCAGCAGGAGUGUGUGUGUGAGAACAGAGGACAGUGUGACAGGCAGACUGGGCAGUGUGUGUGUGGACCGGGCUGGAUCGGACAGCGCUGUGAGAAAGCGUGUGUGUCGGGCCGCUUUGGUGUGGGCUGUGAGGAGCAGUGUGUGUGUGAACAUGGAGCUUCUUGUCAUCAUGUUAGUGGGAGAUGUGUGUGUCCAGCCGGCUGGCGAGGAGCUCAGUGUGACAAAGCCUGCUGGCCCGGAACCUUCGGUACUAACUGUUCCCAGCUGUGCACGUGCCCACAUGGCACUUCCUGCCACCACAUCAGCGGGGGGUGUGGCUGCCCACCGGGUUACACAGGAAACGGCUGUGAGCAGACUUGCCUGCCUGGUACCUUUGGCCCCAACUGUAAUCGGGUGUGUCAGUGCUCAGAGAGGAACCAGCUGUGCCACCCAGUGUCAGGAGAGUGCUACUGUGCUCCGGGGUACACCGGACCCAAAUGUGAUCUGGAGUGUGAGAGUGGGCGCUAUGGUCCAGACUGUGAGAGAGAGUGCCGGUGUGAGAAUGGCGGGGUGUGUGAGGCCACCACAGGCGCAUGCAGAUGUCCACCUGGGUUUAUAGGCGCCGAGUGUAACAUCACGUGCCCAGCCGGGCGUUACGGGCAGGACUGUGCACAUGUUGCCGUCUGCAGGGACGGGGCGAGGAGUGACCCGGUCACAGGGAGGUGUGUGUGCGCUCCUGGGCGCCGAGGAGAGAACUGUGAACAAGGCUGUGCUCCAGACCGGUACGGUGUAGCCUGUUCUCAGCGCUGCAACUGCAGUAAUGGAGGGGUGUGUGACGCCGUCUCUGGGAACUGUACGUGUGGACUCGGCUUCACUGGGCUGCGCUGUGAUAAAGAGUGCCCUGAGGGAUGGUACGGUCCGAACUGUGUGCUGCAGUGUGUGUGUCAGCACAACAGCACAUGUGACAGAGUGACAGGAACCUGCCUCUGUGUACCAGGAUACUAUGGCCACCUUUGUGAGCACACUUGCCCGGUGGGUCUGUUUGGACCUCAGUGCCAGCACCAUUGCGAGUGUGAGAAUGGAGCUCCUUGUCAUCCGAGCAAUGGACACUGUAUCUGCCCUGCUGGAUAUUGGGGGUCACGCUGCCAGAAAGAGUGUGAGCAGGGCACGUACGGUCCGAAAUGUUCAGAGUUGUGCGACUGCGCAGACGGCAUACGGUGUGACCCUGUGAGUGGCGCGUGUGUGUGCGUGCCAGGAAAAACCGGACUCAGGUGUGAUGCGGACUGUCGAGUGAACCAGUAUGGACCGGACUGCUCAUUAAACUGCGAGUGUGAGAACGGCGCGCAGUGUGACAGUCGUACUGGUCGCUGUGUGUGUGUGAAAGGCUGGCUCGGCUCCAUGUGUACAGAAGCUGGACCUCCACAACGGAGCAGCCCUGACAGGAGAGAGGAGCAGUCACGCCUAAGCAACUUGUUAUAAAACAAUAUGCACACCUUGAGAGAGUGAAGGAGGAGAAAGAAGUGCACACAGGGAGAGAUCUGUUCUUCCUCUGGAGCUCCAGUCACUUGCUUCAGCUCUGCAUGAAGAGGCCAGUGAGGGAACACGAACACACACCCCUCUCACACUCGGGGGGCAAAAAGUCUUACAUCAUGCGUGUGCUACAAGCUGCACUGACCACACACAUGGCACUUUGAACACAAACACAGAAGUGGGUUAGUGUUUCAGAAAGCAUGCUGGUGUAGGAGCACAAACUUCCUAUCAAAAAAGUGCACCAAUCAUCUGAAAAGCAGUUGUCAGUUUCAAGACAUUUGCAUUUUCAGAAUUAUAAUCGUUAUAUUUCUUACACUGUCCUUUUCCGAGCUGGAGAUUUAACACACACACUCCCUCCCUCCUGGAAGAGAUGACACUUGAAAUUUGCUUCUAUAGAUGUAGUUACUGAGGCUACGAGUCUAACAAGUGAUUGAUGGAAGUUACCUGUUUAGCCAAAAGCACACCGACUCACACUGCAUCAAGUGUCAUCUAUAUUUAAAAAAAGCCAAAAAACCACACGACGUAGAAAGGAAAGUGUUUGUCUGUCACAUUGCUUAGCUGAAGAAAAUAGAAAAUGUUAAUUUCAAUAGAAGUGUUUCCCAGACCAGCAUAUACAAGAGACUCUUACUUGUCAGUAUCAUUAGCCUCAUUAUCUGUUCCUCCAGCAGGGAGAAUCUAUAGAUUUAAAAAAAAAAAUCAUACAAUGAGCAAAUGCUGCAUAGAUCAUUUAAACUGUUCAAUACACUAUCAAGACGGGAAAAGAUGAUCACUGUCCAUAUUAAGAGAACAACUCAAUUCAUGGUGCUACUCAACUCUACAAUCUCUCUAGAAUGAGACAUUAUAAUAAUUUGCUUGUUUUGAAUUUAUAAAUC